GGGCUACCAGAUCACCCCAUGGGAACAACAUUUACCAUUGCUUCUUGGAGUUUGAGAUGAAAGGGGGAAACGAAGGAAUAUAUCCCGAUUAAAAAAACAAUUUGAGUGAAAUGAAAGAACAUGGAAAUCAUGAGUGCAGAUAUAAAGAAGCCACCAGUGGCCCCCAAACCCAAGUUUGCUGUGACCCAGAAGCCUCUUCCUCCACCAGUUGCACCCAAGCCAGAUAUAGUGCUGUCACAUUCUGCCCCUUUGCCGAAGAAAGCCAAGCCAAUAGUAGCGCCAAAACCAAGGCUACCGAAAAGCUCUUCUGUUCCUGAAGUGAAACCUUGCCCUCAAAAAAACAACAAUAAAAACCUAAAGGAAGAGAAGAUUGACUUGUCCCAGAACUUGGGUGUCCUUAAUUGUAAAAAUGGCUUGCAGAAAGAACUGCAUGAGAUUAAUUCCAGCUAUAUCAUACCAACAUGCACCUGCAGCUUUGAUUGUAGCCAUAAAUGCAAUAAUACAGAGCACUGCAACGACGAUGAAAUCUUCAUUGGUCAGCUGGAAAAGGUCUGGCAAAAUGAAAACAUUGAUGGACAAUGUUUUCUUCCAAGGACAAGAAUCAAACAAGAUGUUGGCCAGGAAAAGGCUUUGAACAAGAAUCAGGUGGUCCUCAAGGCCAGCUUUUUGGAACAAAAACUCAAAGGUGUUUUGGUCCAAGCUGUAUCGCCUAAUAAUUAUCACGUAAAGCAAAAACCUCUGGAGAAAUCCAAUACCAUGAAAGAGGCUUCUGACACUGAACAGGUUUCAUCCACAGCUAAUUUUGGUGAUCUUGCAGAAAAAAGUCCUGACCAAUCAGAGAGUGGUAAAGUAGCCAUUUCCAAUGUGAUUCAGCAUCAAGAGGGACCAGGAAGUGCUGACAGCACAGUCAUAUCAACUGAGAGCAGACAUCCACAUGACUCUCCAGUACCACCAGCUGCACCAACUAAAGCUCUUCCAGUCCCAAAACCCAGAAAACCAAGAAAUCCUGGGCUUAUCAGACAAAACUGUAUUGAAACAUUUGUGGAUGAAAAAACAGAUAAGAGUGAGCUAUUGCUAAAUGAACCAGAUAGACUCAGCAAGUGUAGUCAAAUAAAGUCCCCAAAUGUUUCUAUUCAUGCUCAGAGUGUUUCGUAUCCCAGAAAGAGCAAUGAAAAUCCUGAGCUUUGUGAACUCCUGCCUGACGCAGACAGUGCUCCUCAAACAGUUGAAAAACCUGUGACGCCUGAUGUGCUGUGUAAUCAUUUUCCAUCAUUUGAACAGGACAAAGCUGCUGACACGCCAGUCGAAAUAUCUGGGAAUGUGGAAGAUGAAGCUUGUAAACAAUCCAAUACAGAAACUGAAAGUGAAAACACCACUCCGACUGGGCAAAAUAGCAACUUUAUCCGUUAUAGCACUUUGACUUUGAGUUUGCCAAAACAACUUAAACUGUCUUGCGAUCUACAGCUGUCUGUAGCAAACAGCCCAGCUCUUGUAGAAUUGAAAAAUGGCAACAAGAAAUUGCCUCUCAAAGCAGAACGGUCCCCGAGAGUGGCUCCAAAGAAGCCCCAAAGGCACAGUUUGCCAGCAGCAGGCUUGCUGAAAAAACACUUAUCAACAGAGUUGAAUGAGAGGAGUCCCAGUGCAACAGUAGAAACAAGCAAUCCUGAAUUCACAGAUAAUUUGCAAGGGCAGCCACAGGAGAAACCAACAUGGAAGCUGCCUCACCCAAUUGUACCCUUUUUAGGGAACCCUGAAUCUUUAAAAAACGGCAAUGCUCAGAAUGUUCCUUGCACUGCGCCUCAUAUCGAUCUCGGAAAAACCAGGGCAAAGUCGUUUUCAUCAGCAGACAUGGAAAGAUCUGAGAUCUCUCCCAAAACAGGUCAAAAGAAGAACUCUUUAAGGAAGUUCCUGGGCAUGAAGCUUGCUGUGAAAAUGUUUGACUUUCCCAAGUUUUUUACCAAGGGGAGCCAGUCGCUAGACAGCAGCACAGCAGUAGGAAAUAUCUCUGUGGAAGGAAAUGGGUCCGACGGUGAGUUAAACCCCAGCACGCCGGGAGGUGAUGGGAAAAGCAAACCGGUUAAGGCACUUUCCGCUGAAUCGCACAAUCCUGUGUCCCAGAAGCAUGGGCUGAAACUGAAAGGCCAGUUUGACAUGCAGAGCAGCAGGCUUGCCCAAUGGGAUUUAGUGGAUGAGCCCGAAGGCCCUUGUUUACAGACCUCUGAGGAGGGGUGUUCACCGACAGAUUUUUUCACAAGUCAAGGAUCAGCUGUUGAAUAUGAGAACCUGCCUUAUUAUGAGGAAAUCCCUGAAUACAUGAAUUUGCCUUUCCUACAUGCUUCUCGAAACCACACACCACACUCUCUGGCUUUUGACCGGCAAAAUUCCUGCAGCCUGGAAGACUCUGAGACAAGCGUAUAUGAGGUACAGGAACCUUAUGAACCCGCUAGGAGUUAUAUAACCUACAGGCAAAAGAACAUAUACUGCAGGCCCUCGCAGGACGAGGAUCCUGAUUUGGAGGAUGUCCGCUCUGACGAAGAGGAAGUCAUUUACAGCUCGGAUGAAGAAGACGCCAGUUCAGCCUCCAGCAAAGGAGAGCUUGAUCUGCUGGAGCUAGGAGGUAAGAAAACGAAAGUUGUCCACAUCGCCAAGGAGAUCAUGAGUUCAGAGAAAGUGUUUGUGGAUGUUCUCAAACUCCUUCAUAUUGAUUUCCGAGAUGCUGUGGCCAAAGCCUCCCGGCAGAUUGGGAAGCCUGUGAUUGAGGACCGGAUACUGAACCAGAUUCUCUACUACCUUCCCCAGCUGUAUGAGCUGAACCGGGACCUGCUGCGGGAGCUGGAGGAGCGAAUGGCUCACUGGAAUGAUAAUCAAAGGAUAGCUGACAUCUUUGUGAAGAAGGGACCAUACCUCAAAAUGUAUUCCACGUAUAUCAAAGAGUUUGAUAAGAAUGUGGCAUUGCUGGAUGAACAGUGCAGGAAGAACCCUGUAUUUGCUGGAGUUGUGAAGGAGUUUGAGAUGAGCCCGCGCUGUGCAAGCUUGGCACUCAAACAUUACCUGCUGAAACCUGUGCAGAGAAUUCCACAGUACAGACUGCUGCUCACAGAUUACUUGAAAAACCUGAUUGAAGAUUCCACAGAUUAUAGAGAUACACAAGCUGCUCUUAUCGUUGUCAUAGAAGUGGCCAAUCAUGCAAAUGACAUCAUGAAACAAGGGGAUAACUUUCAGAAGCUCAUGCAGAUCCAGUAUAGUUUGAAUGGUCACCCUGAGAUUGUUCAGCCGGGGAGGGUUUUUCUCAAGGAAGGAACGCUGAUGAAGCUCUCCCGGAAAGUCAUGCAGCCCCGACUGUUCUUUCUGUUUAAUGAUGGCCUGUUGUAUACCACCCCUGUACAGUCUGGAAUGUAUAAACUAAACAACAUGUUGUCUUUGGCUGGAAUGAAGGUUAGCAAACCAACCCAAGAAGCCUACCAGAAUGAGCUGAACAUAGAAAGUGUGGAACGUUCGUUUAUUCUGUCAGCCUGCUCUGCCACAGAGCGGGAUGCAUGGCUGGAAGCCAUUUCAAAAGCAAUUAAUGACUAUACCAAGAAGAGAAUUACAUUUAGUGCCAGCAAAAGCGAAGAGGCUGAUCCAGUGGAAGUGGAGAGCGACACCCCUCUUGGAUCCAAGGCUCCCAUCUGGAUCCCAGACCCCAGAGCCACCAUGUGUAUGGUGUGUACCUGUGAGUUCACUCUCACCUGGAGGAGGCACCACUGCAGAGCCUGUGGGAAGAUUGUGUGUCAAGCCUGUUCUUCCAACAAACACAGCCUUGAAUACCUCAAGAAUCAACCUGCCAGAGUCUGUGAUCACUGCUUCAGAGAGCUUCAGAAGAAUGAUAAUCAAUCCUCACCCAAAGUUGUGUCCCCUACCAGCAAGUCUCCAUCGAGUGCCUUGUCUUCCGUUCUCCAUAGCAUUCCUUCAGGACGAAAGCAAAAGAAAAUCCCAGCUGCCCUGAAAGAGGUGUCUGCAAGCACUGAAGACUCUUCUAUGAGUGGCUACCUGUAUAGGUCAAAGGGUAAUAAGAAGCCAUGGAAACAUCUAUGGUUUGUCAUCAAGAACAAAGUAUUAUACACCUAUGCUGCUAGCGAGGAUGUGGCUGCUUUAGAGAGCCAGCCCUUGCUAGGAUUCAGUGUGAAAGAUGAGCGAUCUGAUCAUAAUCCACAAUUCCAGCUCUAUCACAAAAACACCUUGUUUUACAUCUUCAAAGCAGAUGAACCUCACACUGCCCAAAGGUGGAUAGAAGCAUUCCAAGAAGCCACUGUACUCUAGCAGUCCCUUGUAUUUGUUUUGUAUAACAGUAUGAGCAAAGCCAGCACACAAAAUACAGUAAAGCACUGGAUCUUGUGGAAGAAACCAACCUUAUUUCACCAAUAUUGCACAUUUACAAACAUGCUACAGUUUAAGUUGUGUCCCUGUGUUUUGUCCUGUGUGUUUUCUAAAUAUACUACACUACCAAUAUGUCUCCUGCUGGACAUGUCUUUAAAGAAAAAGAAGCGGUAUUCCUCCUCCGUAGUGCAAAACAACAUCAUGAUUCUGAUAUAAGAGGAACAAAUUGCCGAAUAUCCUAUCAAAACUGGAAAAUGAAACUGCCCAUACCAACACUACAUUGACUGAAUCUUGAAUACAUGUUGAGAGAUUUGUCAACCAAAUCACCUGGUGCCUUUGUUAAUAGAUGAAACAACCAUAUAUUGGUGCUGUAAUUUAUAUAUUUAUUUAUAUGUAUUUUUUUUAGUAAACUAUUCCAUGAAUGCCUGUUACGAUGUCCUUUUGCUGCAAAGUAACCCUUGACUGCCAACAACUGUCAAAUCUUCUGCCAUGAUCCUAUAUUUAAGUAGUAGUGUUUUUGUUAAUCAUUUAUUGCAUAUCUGGUGUGUUUUUGCUAAACACAGUUAAGACACCGCAGUUUGAUUGGAAAGUAACCAACGAUUCAAAGAGAAAAUGUGUAUUAGGACAUAUGGCUUGCAGAAUUUGUAGAGCAGGUUAUUAAUGAUAAAAUGUUUGUUCUGUAGAGGGAGACCAGUUCAUAUUCUAGUCCAGGGCUGUACAAACAAAACCAGGAAGUGCCAUACCUGAUACUCAACUGUUAACUUCAAACUGGUCUGACCAGCCCUUUGAGCUUUUUUAAUUGUGAAACUUACUUUUUGUCAACAUCGUUACAUGCAGGAUUUUUAAAGUAUGUAUUAAUUUUAAAAUGUUAAACAAAGAAACUGGAACACGUGUCUGUAUAUAAUUUUCACUUCCAUAUUGAGAUUGCGCCUUGUAUUUAAAAAUAAAACCUAAUAUAUUUACAUUUGACAAAAUCUGACACAAUAAUUGUGUUUUAAAAUAAGCACUACUGGUGCUACUUUUAUUUCAGAUUGUAAUUGUUCCUGAUAUAGCAGUGUAUAUUUUUUCUUCAAGUUUUGUUAUUGUAUAAACAGUAAUGCCUUUAUCACUUUUUCAUCUUAUAAAUGUUGCGCAGAGGAUAAACUAGAUACAGAGCGAUUUUAACUGUAUUAAAGGGUUCGUUCAGCUAAUGCAAUUAACUAUUUUCUAAAGAAGUAUGAGUUUACUAUAUAUUAACUAGAAAGGAUAUUUUAAAAUGACUGGUAAAAAGGGUCAAUUUUUAGGGUCCUCAUUCAAAAAUAGGGACCCUUAUACGCUGAUCAUGUCUGUCUGUCUGUCUGACAUACUGUACUUGGGAACAUGAUAACUUCCUUAAUGUUGCACCAAUCUUCACCAUCAUACACUCCGAGCCUCCUAUAGACGUUUGAGAUAAGCGAUAAGCGUUUGAUUUUUAUAUGAAUAUUUUUUAGCCUGUACAUGCACUCAUUCACUUUCUUUCUCUAAGUAGUCCAAAAACAUUACAUCAUCACUUUACACUGUAUCCUCCUAAUGCAUGUGCACAAAACAUACUGGAAAGAGUGGUUACAAGUUAUUCAAGUUACACACUGGGGUCUACAACAAACCUUAUUUUUUAUUAUAAGGCAAUACACAGAACAGACUAUUUCCCAGGGGAAGAUAGAUAAUGCCAAAUUUAAAUUUCCAAACAACAUACAUUCAUGUCAUUUAACUGUCAUCCACGUUCACCUUUCAUUCUUGAAUGCCCAACCCGAUUUCAUGAGCAUAUAUAUGAUUGUAUUUUAAACAAUGUGAAAUGUUAUGAUUCACUUUUAGUAUUUUUAAUGGAUUGUCCUCAUUUCAAAUCUGUGUUUUCAUGGUAGGUGAUCUAUUACUUUUUGCUGGAUUAACCUGUCGUGAUUUAAUAGAUAGUAUUUUAUGUUUAUGUAUCUGAGAAUGACACGAGUUUCUUGUCACAUGUUUCUUGUCAAGACCUGUCUUUAUUAUCAUUUACUGUAUUGUUAGACACCCCUGUGUGGUGUUCGAUGUCCAAUGUACUGUUUUAUCCUCAGAUAGCCAGGUUUUUACAACACGAUUUCAUGAUGAAUUUUAUCAGUUGUGGUGGAAUAAUAAUUUACCAGUAGUAUUUAUAUAGAAUUUUUUUGGCUUUUUUUUUACAAUGUUUGUCACAUUAAUAGUAUGAUAUCAUAGGAAAUAUACAACAUUUGAGUGACAAUGCAGUGGGAUAUGUAUUUAUUUGUUCUGCGUACUGUUGGUGUGCAUACAUUUUAACAGCCUAUUUCUUUUUACUACUGUCCAUUGUUUUUAGCUGAAUAGCUUGUUGCUCCACUUCAUUUAUAUUAAAAUACCCACAUAGUCCACUUCAAUCAAUAGAAUGCAUCUAUAUUUAAACUGUUGGAUAUAAACUGUGUUCUGUAAAGUACAGUAUCUAGUAAGUUACAUUUUUAACAAUUUCACUGGCCCACAUGCCUGUCCUUCACAUUCUACAGUCUGAACUAGAUAACAAUUGAUUUUGCUUCAAUCUGCAACAAACUUUUAUUUUACACUUCUAGCCUCCAAUGAAAGUUUCCUGUGUGUGUGCCUCUGCACUGGUUGACUAGAUAAGGAUUUUAAAGUGAAAUUACUGGCACGUUUUGUUUUCUGAACAGUGUCAACCAGUUGCGUUUCUAUGCCUUUUUAUGUUUAUGUUGCAUAAAAUGUAAGGUGUGCUUUCUUAUUUGAUAGGGUUUUGGUAAAAACUGGUCUGGUCACCAUGGAUUGCACUAUAUUGUAUAAAUACAAAAUUCGGUUUGUAUUGUAGGUGAACAAGGAAAAAAUAACAUCUACUUUGUAAUUGUCAGAAUUUUGUAUCAUGUAAAGUAUUUGUACAGUUUAUAAACAGUCAACUUUGAACAAGAAA